AUCUGACCCUCUGUGAAAAACUAACAGGUGUUAAUGUGGUAAAGACAUCUGAGGCACAAUGGGGUCAGCCACUGAAGAAGUAAACCAAAAUGAAAAUGCACAGCACAACAAUGCUGAUGAAAAAACUCCCUUUACUGAAAAAGAAGUCAGUGGAGAUGAUGUACAGAUUGUGAAGAAUGGCAUCGAAAAUUGUGAAAACCAUUCAACUUCUUCAAAAGAUAAAAAAGGAAGCAUUAUGACCAAACUCAAAAACAAUGCUGUAUACAGAGAAAAGUAUCUGAUAUCACUAGGAAUCAUGUGGAGUUUCUUUGUUUUAGGUUGGACUAUUGGUCAGUUUGGUCCAUCUUUCCUGGACCUAAGAAUCAUCACAAAUGCAUCCCUAAAGAAAGCAGCUGGUUUCAUGACGGGUCAUUCUGUGGGGUACCUUAUGGGCUCCAUAAUAUCUGGACUGAUUUUUGACAAAAUGAAAGGAGAGAAGACUUACUGUGUGUCUUCUUGUAGUCUAGCUUUGACUGUUAUUGUGGCUUUGAUACCAUGGUGUUCUAUUUAUGAACUGAUGAUUAGCAUCCAUGUGUUCAAAGGAAUGGCAGGAGGGGGGUUAGAUACCACUGGUAAUGCACUUCUAAUUAGUCUAUGGAGAGCUGAUGGGAAAUCGUUCAUGCAGAGUAUUCAUUUUGCCUUUGCUAUCGGGGGAGCAAUUUCGCCUUUCGUAACUGCCCCAUUUCUGGCUCCGGAUGAAAACACUCAAAACAACACUAUACCCAGCAGAGACAUCAUUGGAAUUGCUAGUCGAAAUACCACUUCUGAUCUAAGCAAUGUGACCCAGUGGGAAUUUUCUAGAACAGAGUCCAGACUGUAUAUACCUUUUUCAAUAGCAGCCUUUCUUGCAGUCACUGCAACUGUCCCAUUAUUUGUUCUGGCUUGCACAUCAACAAGACCAACUGACAAAAAAAUGGAGAAUUCUGAAGAUGAAGAUGGGGAGGUUGAUAAAGAGAGAAAUGUUGAGAAAUUGUCAACAGGAAUGAAGGUGCUAAUGUUAAUUAUCAUGAUGCUGUUAAUGGGCCUUUAUUGUGCCAUGGAAGAUGGGUUUAACAAUUUUCUUGCCACUUUUUGUGUUAGUCAGCUAAAGUGGACCAAAUACAUAGCCUCUGUGGUAACUGCCGUAUUUUGGGUGAGUUUCACAGCUGGGCGAUUUCUUGGCAUAUUCGUGGCUCGUAGUUUCAAGCCUGUGAGAAUGAUAUUCAUCCUUAGUGUAUUCCUACUCGUGGGAUUUCUGGGAUUUUUCCUGACUGCUCAUUUCAAGUUUUAUGAAGGGAUAUGGAUUUCUACAGGACUUAUAGGAUUUUCCAUGUCCAUCAUUUUCCCGUCUAUUUUCUCAUGGACUGAGGAUUCCAUCCUCCCCGUCACAGGGUUUAUAGCUUCACUGUUCCUCAUUGCAUCUUCUACAGGGUCAAUGAUAAAUCCCAUUAUUCUGGGAUUUUUGAUGGACAAUUCCACUCCUAUGUGGUUCACUUACAUUAUGUUAGGGGAGUCUGUCAUAAUGCUAAUGGUGUUUUUCUUGGUAUGGACAAUUGCUAAUAGGAUCAAACUUCCCAAGAACACGUUCAAAGAAGUCAAAAUCGAAAUUCGUUCAGAAGAUCAUGAUGACAUUGAGUACAGGAGUAUAAUUGCUGAAAGUGAAAUAAAUGAAGACCGUCUUUGAAAUUAAAAUUCAUUCUGGAUUUCAAAAAUGUGUACAGGUGUAUUAUUGCUGAAAGUGAAAUAAAUGAAGACCGUCUCUGAAAUAAAAUUUAUUCUGGAUUUCCAAAACGAGUACUGGAGUAUUAUCGCUGAAAGUAAAAUAAAUGAAUUUAUGACUGUAUUUUAAAUUAAGUCCACACUAAAUUUCGAAAAUUUCUACUCAAUGAAAUGUUAACAAAUUUAAUUCACCUAGUGUAUUUAAAAUUUUGCAAACCAAAACAAUAUUUUGAUGAGUCCAUCUUUUUCAUGAUUAUGGAAUUAGAAACUUGGUAUACUUCAUAAUGAUUGAAAUAUUUUCUUAUGAUGGACUGUCUCAUUAGUCAUAUUUGGCUAAUUAAUUGGUUAAAUGAUAACAUUGCUUGUUGUUUAGGAAGCCUAAACACUAAAGAAAAAGGAAGGAAAUCAAGGGCACAUUAAACAUAUAUACAUACGUACUGUAUAAAAGAAAGUUUAUACCCGGUGCCUGAUUUUAGAUGUUUUCAAAAGCCAUUGUUGCCUACAUGUACAUGUUCUGUGGCUUAUAUAAGCAUAAGAAAGUGCAUUGAUUUAAAUUGUCAGUAUAUUUUUCAGUAAUUUAUACUUUUUUAUUGUUUUUCUUUCAUACUUGCUUGCAUAUAAUAUUAUUGAUAUUUUAUUCCAGUUUACAGCUAUACCUGGGUUUUAUUAUUUCUUUUGGAUCAAUAUUUAUCCAUGGUUUGUUCUGUCUCAGGUUUUAGUUUAUUUAUAGGUUACUUAUAUAUAAAUCUUUUUUAAAUGACCAUUGUAUGUCAGAUUGUAACAUUG